AUAUGACUUGUCAAGUCGCAUCGCCCGUCACAUUUUCACCAUCCACUCACUAUAUGUUUUUCUUCGAAUAGCACCAUCACAGUCACAUUUUCACUCAGCGCCUCGGGGUUCAUCAAGAUUUUCUCUUUCGGUUGCAGCGAAGCCUUUCUAAUAUGAGGAGCAUGGUUCUCCUCAGCUGCGCGCUGAAUUUCCUGUCUCUUGAAGCUAUUGCACAAAAUAUCAUCACUCCUUCUCCGCCAUCUGCAACAACCUCAUUUGUCUCCCUGACUCCAGCUAUGGCUUCAAGCUCCGUCGCCUCAUAUUUCUCAGCCAUCGCAACUUCGGCGCCAUUGCAACCAGGCAGUGGCCCAUUAGCAGGAGAUGUGGCCUCCUCAGCUGGGAGUGCUGCCGCAGAUUCGGAUGCUGGCGCAUCCGGGGACUCUCCUGGAUCCUUUGAAAUAUCAAGGGUAAGUCAAGAAAAAUGCUCCAUGCCCAAAAUAUUUGUUAAUCUUCCAACAGUUGCAUCAUCUGUACUCUUCUACCUCGCGAAGAAACGAUCAUGGGAACUGCGAAAGACUCUUCGAAGAUCGGCAAAAAGAGUCGCUACUGCUUUGACACCUCGACGGUCAACAUUUCCCAGAGACGUACAGCAAAGGAGACCUGCCAGGUCAGGUAUGGCAAGGAUUGAUGAAGUACCACCUACGCCCAGGCGAACCAGCGAUUUAGAAAAAGGAAAUUCGAACUUUUCGGCGUUCGAAUUGGAAGAACCACCUAAGGCAAAAAAGUGGGCGAAGAAGCUUGGUAGAUGAGUGUUGCUGGACAGGACUCUGAUGAUGAAGUGUUUUAUGUAUAUCCAGCUCCGUCAUGUAACAGGCAUUUUUUGAUGGAAAGGACUGGUGUCUGGAGAAUGGCGACGCUUUGAUAUUGGGGUAUAUUUGUUGAUAAUUGAGCUGCUUAUAACCUUCUGAAAACG